AUGGGUAAAGGAAAAGAGCUUAUGGAAUUUCAAAAAGGCGCUAUUCUUUAUGGACAUCGACUUAGCCAUUCAUGCAGAAAAAUUGCAGAAACUGUAGAAUGUGGAUCCUCUGCAGUUUCAACUUGUAUAAGAAGGUAUAAAGCCACUGGGUUUACUGAUAUAAA